CGUCUUUCUUCUUCGGAACAUUACCAGAAACUGAUUUUUUUCGUCUUCAGUCUUCGUCACUUCACAGACACGUGUUAGCCGCAUGAUGUUCGUGCGAUCACUAAACAAGCAGCUCCCAUCACUGUGUUAUUGCAUUCGAGUGGUCAAACUGACUCCGGCAUAGUAGGCGGAGGAUUAAACUAUAUGUUAUUGUAGAAUUACAGCCUUACUUUCACUUUUUGACAUUUAAUCCAUAUUGUAGGUGUUAUUAUAUACGUAAAAAUAAAUUGUAUAUGUUUUAAUAAACAAAAGACUAAUAAAUAAUGGAAUAUUUUCAAUUAAAAAAUAUUCCUAAUAUGAAAUAUAUGAGAAAAUACAGUGACAAUAUCCAAUAUGGGACGGCAGGAUUUAGAACAAAGGCAAAUGCUCUUGAACAUGUCUUAUAUAGAAUGGGAUUGCUAGCAGUUUUGAGAUCUAAAGUUAAAAAUGCUGCAAUUGGUUUAAUGAUUACGGCAAGUCAUAAUAUUGAAUCUGAUAAUGGUGUGAAACUUAUAGAUCCAGCUGGUGAAAUGUUAGAAGCAGCUUGGGAACGAAUAGCUACCAAUUUAGUUAAUGUGGAAGAUAGAAAUUUAGUUUCUACAAUAAAGCAUAUUAUAGAAGAAGAAAAUAUUAAUAUGUCUGUAGAUGCAAUUGUAAUAACUGGUAGAGACACAAGAGAAAGUAGCCCUACAUUAUUAAAUGCUGCUGUUAUGGGAAUUAAAGCUUUGUAUGGAAUUGUACAAGAUUUUGGCAUAGUUACAACUCCUCAGUUACAUUAUCUUGUUGUAUGUACAAACACAAAGAGCAAUUAUGGUGAUCCUACAUUACAUGGUUAUUAUAUAAAAAUAUCAGAAGCAUUUAAAUAUGUAAGACAAAAGCAGAUUAACAAUGGACAGUAUGUGGCAGAAUUGUUACUAGAUGCCGCCAAUGGUGUUGGAGCUAUUGCUGCAAAAGAAUUUCAAAAGUAUUUAGGAACAACACUUGCAAUUAAUAUAUACAAUGAUGGCUAUGGCAAACUAAACUUUAUGUGUGGAGCUGAUUUUGUCAAAGUAGAACAAGUACCACCUGUAAACUUUCAUGCCAAACGAAAUUUUAGAUCUGUAUCUAUAGAUGGUGAUGCAGAUAGAAUUGUUUAUUUCUAUGUGGAUGAAUACGAAAAAUUUCAUAUUUUGGAUGGUGAUAAAAUAGCAACACUCAUUGCUGAAUAUCUCAAAGAGCUUUUAAAAGAAAGUCAUUUAUCAUUUCAACUUGGUUUAGUACAAACAGCAUACGCUAAUGGUAGUUCUACUGAUUAUAUCUUAAACGUAUUACAAAUUCCAGCUGUUUGCGUACCGACUGGUAUUAAACAUCUACAUAAUAAAGCACUAGAAUUUGAUAUAGGUAUAUAUUUUGAAGCAAAUGGCCAUGGCACUGUGCUUUUCAAAGAAACUGUUAUUAAAACAAUUAAGGAAGCUGUCACAAAUCCAGAACGAUCUACAAACGAGAAAGAAGCUGCCUCAAAAUUGUUAAAUAUAAUAAAUAUGAUUAAUCAGACAGUUGGAGAUGCUUUAAGUGACAUGUUGCUAGUAGAAACAAUUUUACAUGCAAAAGGUUGGGAUAUUAUGGAAUGGGAAAAAAUGUACGACGAUUUACCAAAUAAACAAAUAAAAAUGAAAGUUUAUGAUAAAAGUAUUAUUACAACGACUAAUGUAGGAACACAAUGUAUAACACCUGAAGGAUUACAAGAUGCUAUUGAUGAAAUAGUAUCACAAUAUAAAAGAGGACGAUGUUUUGUAAGACCAUCAGGAACUGAAGAUAUAGUACGAAUAUAUGCAGAAUGUGAAAAUUUAUGCGAUCUUGAUAAAUUAAUUAAAGAUGUAGCAUCGGUGGUCUACGAUUGUGCAGGUGGAAUUGGACCUAAACCGCAAGUUUUUUAAUAAAUAUAUAUGUAUUUUAAUUUUAUUAACGCACAAGUUUCAAUAAUUAUAAUUUAUAUAAAUUAUAUGUUAAUUAUCAUAUUUUACAUUAAUUGCUCAACGAUGAUUUUCAUACAUCAUAUGAACUGUGAACUUUAUAUGCCGCCGAUAUCGAUACGUCGUCAGAAUCGUCCGCCAAAACAGAAUAGUAGGAUGCAAAAAUCGUCCGUCUGUGAAAAAUGUCCGUACGUGAAAAUCGAUGUCGUCCAUGUAAAAAAAAUAUUUGGAAACGUCAUUGAACGGUUAAUUAUAAAUUAUAUACAUUUAUAUUAUAAAAUAUAUACUAUAAAUGCUAUAAAUAAAAAAUAUACUAGUAUAUAUAAAUAUACAUACUAUAGAAUGCGUUUUUCACUUCGUCAGCGCAAAACUAACUAUUAAUUGUUUGUUUAAUCUAAAUCAUGUGCAAAUUUAAAUGAAUCAUAUCCAAAUAUUACCUUAUUUAGACAAUAUUCUGAAUUACGGAAUAAAAUUUUUUAAAUUAUCUUUUAACAAAAUUAUGUUUCAUGAAAAUAUUAAUAUAUUCAUUAAUCAGGUAUAGUAUUAUGAUACUUACCUACUCGUUCAUUUAUCGUUAUAUCGCAAUGUUAUAAAAUUGAAGGUGGUAUAUUAUACAAGGUGUUUCAAUUAAGAGUCUAUGUAAAUAUCUUCAUUUUUUAUGAACAUUUUUCUUGUCGUAAAAAAUGAAGGAGAUAUUUAAGCCUUUUACAGCUGAGACAGUCUGUGUAUAUUAUG